ACCCAUUCUGGAAGAAUUGCACUCUUUUUUGCAUGUGGAUACGAGUCCAAGCAACUCGGAAGGAUCCAGUACACAGUGUCCAGUGGUCAUCGGCAGAGGAAAAAACAAACAAAAAAAAAUGACUUACUAUCUGUGGAUUUUACUUUUCGGAGCGCUCGUGAUACCUAAAGUACAGAACUUUGAUCUUUCAGAUGCCGUAGACGAUGAAAAACCUACACCUAAAACAGAAGUAAAACCACCCAAGGCAAACGACGGAGAAUUGACCCUUGAAGACGCUCUCCUUCCAGAUCCAGAGAAACCUAAUACUGAUCCUAAGCAACCUGUAGCCCCACCGAAUAGUGGAGAUCCUAAGCCACCGACUAGUGGAGGAGAUUUCAGUGAUACAGAUCUUUUGGAUGGCAACCCUGAUACCAGUCAGGGUGAUUGGUCUGAAGACCCUCAAAAUGACCAGCCUAAAGCGGCCGAAGGCGGGCAGAUGGCGGGCAUCAUCAGUGCUGUGGCAGUCGCCGUUUUUGGAGCCGCCUCCAGCUAUUUUGCUUAUCAGAAGAAGAAGCUGUGCUUUAAGGUGCAAGGAGGGACAGACCCUGAGAGCGGUAGAAACCAAUCUGGCACGCAGUCUGAUCCACAAGCCUUUAGCAACCUCCUCCGAUCGUCCUAACUCCUGAUGGAGCGGCACAUACCUUCAUACCAGCUGAGGCCCAAAGAGGAUGUGUUUAAUCAUGUUAGUCUUCUUUUAUGAUGUGUUAUAGUGUGUGAUUUGUUUUUUUUUUUUUUUUGCUAGUGAGUUAUGUAAAUUGGUCCAACUUUUUUUUUUUCUCCGAAGAAGAAUGUGUAUAUUGCAGAAUUUUGUGUGACGUGCCAUCACAUGCUAGCGAGUAAUGAUUAAUUUCUUGCAGACGAAUCUACAAGUUAACCAUCAGGUUUUGUAAUGUAUAGGAAACACAACUUCGCUCAGUAAGAUGACAUUACGAGUAAAAUGAUCAUGAAUCAUGCUGACAAAAAGAUUUCUGGCUUUCAUUAUGGUUUUAUACAGAGGGCUUGGUGCAGCUUUAUAGCUUAUUUGAUGAUAUUAGGUGUAUUUCAGUAGACUACACCAACUUUCUGGUAACCAGCUAACUGACUUGCUGUCUGUUUGGUAAUCUGAUUCACUUCAAGCAGCAUUCCUUUUACAUGUAGAUGCUCUGAUGGUUAAAAACACUCGAGUUGCUUUGUCCUGGAGGUAUUACUUUAUUUCUAUUCUAUGAAAAAAAUGAAAAGGAGUGAUUUUGUUAUAUGUUUUGUGUGUGUGUGUGUGUACAUGUUAUCUCAGUGUGUGAUACCUAAAUGCUGCCUUUACUUUACAGACAUUCUUCCUAUUUAAUUGAUAUGGACAGAUUUUAUUUCUCAUGCUGUAAAGUGUGCUGUAGAUGUCAGUUUGUUUCAUUUCUUUCAUUUAAUUAGCUUGAACCAUGCAUCAUAAGACCGACACGAUCCAGAGCUAAACCCAACGUACGCCAUGACUACGUUUUAUGAUCAGCGACCUUCUUAACAACUGGAAAUGUUCGAUCCGAUCCUGUUAUGACUUAUGUAACACCUUCUCUCCAAGUGCUUUUUGUCCAGCAAUAAAAGCGUCACCUCAUCACUGUGUUUCCAUGGCGCAGAUUUAUUUUCCAGUAACAGCAGGAAUUGAAACCAGAAAGCGCUGUGAUGGACUCCUUUUGUUAAUAAAGCUCCGAAACUGGAGACUCCUUCCAUAAAUGUUUAUUAGAUGAUGAUUUAUGGAAUGUUUGCUUCUCGCUGAGGAUGAGCUGAUACCAUAAAAAAUACUAUAAAUAUAAAUGUAAAUAUGUUAAAGGAGGAACUACUGCCAGAGGUUUAUGGUUCUAUAUUAAUGAAUCAACACUCUCUGCUCCUUUUAUGGCAUGUUUAAUGACAUUUGCCAUAAUGCAUAUCCUGACUACAUCAGUGAUGUCAUGUCAGAGAACCUAGGUUAACUAGCAUGUACAUGUAUCACGCUAAAUAUUAUAACAUUAAUCUUUAAAGUUAUAUGUUACGUUACAAUGACUGUUACAUAACUGGACAUGCUUCUGACCACCUUAUAACAUGCUUAGGACUGCCUUAUGACUGUCUUAAGCAUGUCAUACCACCUUAUGCAUGUCAUAAUGCUCAGGACCACCUUAUGACAUGCUUAUGACUACCUUAUGACAUGCUUAGGCCCGGAUUAUGACAUGCUUAGGUUUGCCUUACGACAUGCUUAGGAACACCUUAUGACAUGCUUAUGACCACCUUAUAACAUGCUUAGGACUGUCUAAUAACAUGCUUAGGAACGCCUUAUGACAUGCUUAGGCCCGGAUUAUGACAUGCUUAGGCUUGCCUUAUGACAUGCUUAGGAACACCUUAUGACAUGCUUAUGACCACCUUAUGACAUGCUUAGGACUGUCUAAUAACAUGCUUAGGAACGCCUUAUGACAUGCUUAGGACCACCUUAUGACAUGCUUAGGACCACGUUAUGAUACAGGGUUCAAGGAAGUUGUUUAUUUAUCUUUAUAAAUAUCUCUCUCUCUCUCUCUCUCUCUCUCUCUCUCUCUCUUUUAAGACAAAUCUGCCUUUAAGUGCCUUUUACCUUUUUAUCAAAUGUUGUUUACUUUGGUUAAUUUGAAAACUAGCACUAACAAUACAGUUUAACGAGCGAGCUGCAAACAAUUUAUAUUUUACUCAUUUUCUUGUGUAAAUAUCAUAAUCAGUAAGCUUUUGUCACCAAUUUUGCUUCAAUUGUGCAAAUUGUUAUCAAGAAGACUAAACAUCUGAACUGUCAUGUGUUAUUUAUGUGCCCGGUUGAGUGAAUCAGUAAUAAACAGAAUAAAGUUCAGUGACCUUU